AACCAUCCUUGUAAAAGAAAAUGUGAAAGAGGUCAAGAACCAAUGACCUGUGAAUAUCAUCUGAAUAUUGAAUGGUAUUGGGUGUUAUCGAAGGCUUGUUAUAACUGUCCAUUCAAUCAAACUGAUUGUUUCCGUGAAGAAUGUGUUUCUGCUGAUGGUCAAAGAAGAGCUUUACUAACUUAUAAUCGACAAUUACCUGGCCCUUCUAUAGAGGUGUGUGAGGGUGACAAGAUAUUAGCAUGGGUUACAAACUCGAUGGCAGAUUCCGAAGCGACCAGUGUUCAUUUUCACGGUCAACACCAAUAUUUAACACCAUACAUGGAUGGAGUGGCCUAUUUAACACAGUGUGCUAUAGACAGGGCUCAGAAAUUCAGGUAUGAAUUCACUGUGAAUCCUUCAGGAACACAUUGGUACCAUUCCCACGUCGGCUUCCAGAUCGCUGAUGGUCUGUUUGGACCAUUUGUUGUCAGACAGCCCAAGGAAACGGAUCCUAAUGGAGCGUUGUACGAUGAAGAUCUGUCCGAACAUAUCGUUAUGAUAUCCGAUUGGAAACCGGCACCUUUUAUUAACCGCUUUCUGGAACAAAUGAAUGACAGGUUUAAUUUGAAUGAUCCUAGUUCUGGCUUAAUCAAUGGUCGAGCUAGAAAUUUUAUGGUGAACUCCAAAGAUGAUGCGUCGGUUCCUGAUGCACAAACACCAAUAGCUGAGUUUGAAAUAACAAAAGGAAAGACAUAUCGAUUCAGAUUUAUUGGUGCCGCUGCCUCCUGCUAUUUCCAAAUGUCUAUAGACAAACAUGUUUUAACUAUUAUAGCUAAUGAUGGUAUACCUAUAGAACCAAUUAACUACUUAUUUUGUGUAUUCACAGGUGAGAGGUAUGAUGUUAUUGUAGACGCUAAUCAAGAUAUAGGUAAUUAUUGGAUGAAAGCUAUAGGACUAGGUGAUUGUGAUAACAGAACGUGGGUAUAUGCUGCAGUCAAAUAUAAAACAGCAACAGUGGCUGAUCCUGAUGGUGAUCCUAAAACACAGAGAGAUGGAAUAGUAGAAAAUAGAGUAGAAUAUGGUUUUAAUCAUAGUAAAGUUAUUAACAUCGAGGAGUUUAAUUAUGCUGGACCAUUCACUAAUUUAACAGACCAAGUUGUCGAUGCCACAUAUUAUUCAGCCAUGUUCUUCAGUAAUAAUGAUAAUACGAUAUUUAAUAAUAAAUUAUUGUAUCCAGUAAAGAAACUACCAGGGUCGCAGCUACAUGCCACACCUGUUAUGGAUAACAUAACAUUCGGUAUGCCACCAAUACCCAUCCUAUCACAGCCUGACCAAGUGGAUCAAUCCUGGUUCUGCAACAGAACAUCCUUAACAGAAUCUGAUAAAUGUUUAGAGGAUCUUUGUAUUUGUACUCAUAUGAUUAGAUUUCCACUCAACAAAGUUGUAGAACUUAUAGUAGUAAAUCAAGGUUCAAUGUUCCCCGGGGCUCAUCAUCCAAUGCAUCUUCAUGGUUACAGUUUUAGAAUAAUGGCAUUAGAAAGGUUUGAUUCUCCUGUUACCAUUGAACAAGUAAUGAAAUUAGACGAAGAGGGAAAGAUUAAACGUAAACUGAUUAAUCCCCCAUUACGAGAUUCGUUCUUCUUACCAGGUAGAAGUUACGCCGUCUUACGAUUUUAUACCAAUAAUCCAGGUUAUUGGUUCUUCCAUUGUCAUGUAGACGGUCAUGUUAUACAAGGUAAAGCCUUAGUUAUCCAGGUCGGCGAAGUUUCAGAAUUUCCAGAACCACCAGAAGACUUUCCUAAGUGUGGUGGAUAUGGAUACACGCCCAAACCAGUGAUAAAAACAGUCGAGGUGGACUGCCCUACAUCCCGAUCACCAAGACUCUAUAUUUCAUCUAUUUUAAUGUCAAUUGUGAUGUUUUCGCUUCUAUAA